AUGGUACUGUACUAUGCCCUUCUGCUGCUGCUGCUGCUGCUGCUGCUUUGCUGCUUUGUGUUGUGUGCUUGCCUGUUUGUUUGUCUGUCUGCUGGUUUACGUGUUUGGGCAGCUGUGUAUGUGUGGUGUUUGUUGCUUGUAGGAUGGUUGGGUGAAGGAUUAAGUGAGCUAGAAUGGCGGGUGUGGUUGCUACAGUGGUGGAUUGCCUUUUGGGCGGAACGGGUGUGUUAUGCGGUAGAAAAGGGUAGAUAUAAACAUGACAAAGAUACUAUAGCAGGGAAUAAUAGCACUAUAAAAAGAGGCGAAAGAUAA